AUUAUUUUAAUCAAUUUUGGAGCAAAUUUUCACCCACACCUCACCUUAACAAAGGGAACCGAGACGCUGACAGUGAUCUAUUCUACCUAAGAUGCAAAAACUUUGACUCAAGAGGGUGCACCGGAGCAGCUCGCAUAAGUAUCGGAGAACGAGGACCAGUCUGGGUCAAUUUGAAAGCCCAUAUCUGUGCACCUAACCCUACUCACCACUUGGUGCUCAAUUUGAGGAGAGAAAUCCUGCAGGAAUCAGUCAACCAGUUUGGGCCUUAUGAGACUCCUGGACAAGUUGUCAGUAGGGUUAGAGCAAGACACCAUCCCAACGUUGCAUACCAAGUCACUGGGAACAGUGCAGUCCUUGGAGCAAACGGCACCUGCUCGGUUAUCUUCUCAUCCAGAAGAAUGAGGCGCUACAUGGCGAGGUGCCGUGUCGUUUUUUGUGAUGGCACAUUUGAUAGUCGGCCCAAUGCUCCUCAAUGCGCUCAGGUGUUGCAGAUAGUCGGUGUAGUGGGAAACUCAGCCAUCCCUCUUGCACAGAUUCCGAUGACUGGAAAGACCCAGGCUGAGUAUGUGGCUGCUUUGACCAGGCUCAGGCAACUUGUUCCUCGUUUUCGUCCAAAUUUGGUCGUUACCGACUUUGAACUGGGUUUGCAAAAUGCAUGGCGUCAAGUAUUCAAUACGCAUGUGUCUGGCUGUUACUGGCAUUUUUGCAGGGCAGUUUCCUGGGCGGCAAAGCAUGAUCUGGGCCUAUACCGUCUUCUGCGCAUCAACAGAAUUGCACGGAGUAUUGUAAGAGCCUCUUUGGCCAUUCCAUUGCUUCCUCACAAUCUCAUGGCAAGAGGACUACGCACCUUGAUCAUUGAGGCUCAUAGAGCUGGUCUCCUGGAUGAUCUGGCAGCAUUUUUCAACUACUGGAUAGACACCUGGAUGUCACCUGCUUACCUAUAAGGUCCCUCUCAGUCUAUGGAGUAAGACACCGAACCAACAACGUCUCUGAAUCCAGCAACAAAAGACUUAGGUCUCUCACAGGAGUGCACCACCCCAGCAUCUGGCACUUUCUCAAUGCUCUGAGGAGAUAUGACCAUGAUGCUCUCCUCACUCUGAGAAGAUUGAAUGCAGGGCUACCCAUUGGAAGAAAAAGGAAAAUUUCUGCUAUUAACAAUGAUCUUCGAAUCCAAAAUCUCACUCUGAAUGUUAUGAGAGGGCACAUCAGCAUCAACAGGUUUCUUCACCUGGCAUCGACCAGGGUGAUGCAAGUAUUUGACAGGGUUGUGGCUUAAACAUUAUGAGAUCUUGGAAUCUGAUGAUAAGGCACAUUAGAAUUCUGCAAUUUUUGCAACCUGUAGCCGCCUAUGACAUGACAAUAAACAAUGUUCCCAACCUGUG